AUAUAUUGUUCCCGGAUAUAAAAUAAAGUGCCAACCAAAGGAAAUAUGGAAGGAAGACGAAAACAAAUCUUUGUUUAAUUAUGGAGUCUGCUAUUGCAUAUCAAUAAUAUUUUAUGUUGUAUAUACAUGUAUAUAAUCCACCUCUCUUGUCUCAUGUUCCGGAUGUUUUGGCCAUUGCCUUUUUAUCUUGUUUCCAACAAACUAUGAUAUGAUUUCAUUAUCAUAUUGCGUCUUUGCAUCUUUUAAUUGCUCAUUUCGAAAUGUUAAUAUUAUUAAUAGCCAGAGAGGAACAGGUGGUGGGGGGCAUAGUAUCAACAUCCUCACAACAAUAUUAUGUUUUGAUCAAAAUUUAUAUAAAAUUAUACUCAUAUGUAUAGUUCAUGUUAUUAUGUUCAUUUUGUAUUGAAGAAGAUGAACGUUCCUCUUGUCUCCCUUACCAUCCGAGUAUAUAAACAGAUGAUAGUAUGUGCCAAAGGAAACCAACCUAAUUCAUCAACAUUCAAUACCUAUCAAAUUAACUCUUUCUUCCUUUCAUCAAAAAAAAUGGAAGCUCAUCACGUUCGCUCUACUAGCGUGCCCUCCAAGCAACAUCCUCUCUUUUCUGAAUAUGAUGAGCAGUUGUGCAGAUUAAGAUCCUCUGAAGCAGCGUCUUCAUCAUCAACUGUUGUAUGCAAACUAACUGGACUUGAAGAACUACAUGAUUGUGUUGAUAACUUACUCUGCCUACCUCUUAAUCAACAAGCCUUGUGUAAAGAGCAGAACCAGAAAUGUCUUGAUGAGAUUUUGGAUGGAUCUCUUAGAGUUUUGGAUGUAUGCAACACUGUCAAGGAUGUGUUGUCGCAAACAAAGGAAGCCACACAAGAACUUCAAUCAGUCAUGCGCAGAAGAAGCAGUGCUGAAGCAGAGCUGAGUAGUGAGAUUAAGAAAUUCUUGGCCUUUAGAAAAGUGAUGAAGAAGGCACUCCACAAGGCUAUGGAGAAGAGAUGCAACUUCAGUCCCCUUAACAAGGAUCAACAGUCAGUAGAAAUCGUUAACAUGUUGAGAGAGGUUGAAUCAAUCACUCUCACCAUUUUUCAAUCAUUAAUUUCAUUCAUGACCGGGCAAAAUUCACUAUCAAAGUCAAACAAAUGGUCAUUCGUUUCCAAGAUGAAUUCCAAAAGAGUAUGUUGUGAGGAAGUAAUGGAAUCAAACAGAUUCGCCAGCCUUGAUGCUGCGCUGUCCAUUUUCGCCGGCCAGAAGUUGAAGAAAGCAGAUAACAAGCUUGAAGAGGUUGUACAAAAUGAACUCAAAGCGCUAGAGUUGUGCAUUCGAGAUCUUGAAGGAGUAGUUGACAGCCUUUACAGGCGUUUGAUUAAAACCAGAGUUUUUAUGCUUAACACACUCAACUACUAGUUCAAGACUCAAAUAGACAAUAGUUAUGUAGGCAUAGGCAUAUAACAAUCGUUAAACAUUUAUAUAGAAAAGUCUGGGAACCAGAUUUUCAAACAUAUAUGUACAUUGAAGAGAUAUAAAUACAUCAACUUUUUAUAAAAGAUUCAACACAUUUUGGUCAUA